AUGACUGUCACAUAUGAUCCUCCCUCUCGGCGGACAAACACGUCCGUGGCUAGCCUGGAAGAGCGAUUUCAGGUCAUGAAAGAGGUCGGCGAUGGCAGCUUUGGUAGCGUCGCCUUGGCCCGUGUUCGGACUGCCGGUGCCCACAUUGCGCGACGGGGGACGAUGGUCGCAAUUAAAACGAUGAAGAAGACUUUCGACUCACUAGGCCCAUGUCUAGAGCUCCGAGAAGUCAUUUUCCUGCGCACCCUCCCCAUUCACCCUCAUCUCGUCCCCGCGCUCGACAUCUUUCUCGACCCCCUCACCCACAAGCUCCACAUCUGUAUGGAGUACAUGGAUGGUAACCUCUACCAAUUGAUGAAAGCCCGCGAUCACAAGUACUUCGAAGGCAAGCACGUCAAGAGUAUUCUGUAUCAGAUCCUGUCCGGCUUGGACCACAUUCACGCCCACCACUUCUUCCACCGCGACAUCAAACCCGAGAACAUUCUGGUGUCGACCUCCGCUCCCAAUGACUCUACCUUCAGCCGCUAUUCUAACCUCGUCACGCCUCCUUCCACCCCUCCAACCUACACUGUGAAGAUCGCGGACUUCGGUCUUGCGCGCGAGACGCACUCUAAACAGCCCUACACCACCUACGUCUCGACCCGCUGGUAUCGGGCUCCUGAAGUGCUCCUGCGUGCGGGAGUCUAUUCCGCCCCCGUCGAUAUGUGGGCCGUCGGCGCCAUGGCUGUCGAAAUCGCUACGCUCAAGCCAUUGUUCCCAGGAGGUAAUGAAGUCGAUCAAGUAUGGCGCGUGUGUGAGAUUAUGGGUAGCCCCGGAAACUGGUACAGCAAGUCGGGUGCGAAGAUUGGUGGUGGUGAGUGGCGCGAAGGAUCUCGAUUGGCCCACAAGUUGGGCUUCACAUUCCCCAAGAUGGCGCCGCAUUCAAUGGACACCGUUCUUCAGCAGCCGCAAUGGCCGGCGGCGCUCGCCGAUUUUGUGACCUGGUGUCUCAUGUGGGAUCCCAAGAACCGCCCGACCUCAACUCAGGCUUUGAACCACGAGUUCUUUACUGAUGCGGUGGACCCAUUGCGGCCCAAGUCAUCUACUUCUUCGCGCCUGCUGGGUCGCAAACCGUCCGACAAGAGCUUUAAGUCCCCCACACUCACUCCUAGCGACUCCCCAACCCUUUCCUCCAAGCCUUCGUGGUUCCGUCGCUCAUUGAUUGGCCGGUCUGAGAGCCCCGUUCCGACUCUUGAUGGGGACAGCCCUGCUAGACCUCCUGCUGUGACCUACAAUACCGUCCCUGAAAUCCAGCCGGUCAAGGCCCGCCCAGCGAAUGCCAAGCGGGCGACUUGGGCCAACGGUGCCCCCAUGCCCAUUCUUCCUUCGAUCCGCCCCGUGUCCCCCCUCUCCAACUCCGUGACCGCACAAGCCAAUGCCACGGUGGCGCAUGGUGAAGCAUCCAAGCCUUCCGAGACCGACCAGGGCAAGACUAAGAAGAUUGGCCGUCAACUGUCCGUCAAUUCCAAUGGAAAUCACUACUCGGAUGUGCAUCGCCAGGAGGCUGAGCGUAUGCUCAAUGGCUCAGGCAGUACUACUCCUACCACGAAGGAGAGCUUCUUCUCACACUUGCGUAAGCGUGCGCGCCGCCUCUCUGGACGCAAUCAGGCCAAUCAAGCAGUGGAGGAUAUCGAGGCUAACGCCGGCUGUAUUCCCUGGUCAAACCGCUCCUCAAUGGCUCUUGAUGGAUCGCACCCGGGCGAUCCCAAGCCGCACUCCGAUCUCAGUGAGCUGGACAAGGCUCUCCAGAGCGUCAAGUACGCUCUGGACACGUCGACUCUCAGCAAUAUUCCCGUGCACCUGACGAACAACUCUGAUAACGCCAUUAAGCGGCAGUCAAUGCCCACCAGCAACCCCGGCCCCAUCUCAAGCCGGACACGGCGAGCGCUGCAGAUGACGGGUCACCCCGUUCACCGGUAUGAGACACCGGAAGAAGAGGACGAGCUCCUGGAUGAGGUCCUGCAUUCUGCCAGCAAGGCUGCCAAUCGUCUUGCUCAGGCACAAUCACUGAAUUCUCACGCUCCCGAUGUGAGCCACCGACACACCGAUGGCUCGCAUGCCCUCCCCAGCCCCUAUCCCACUCCUUCACCCACCGCCAAGGCCGAUGGCUACUUUGAGACUCCUGUCAAGCAGAGCCUGGCCAAGACCAGCAACUCCAACUCCAAUCGGCAAUGGCCAACCCCUCCCUACGAGGAGGCGGAGUGGAAUAACAAGGCGACCACCUUGCACUUUCCUUCUGCAUCCAACUACAUCUAA